UUCAGCGCCCACCCGGGAGGCGGAAGCAGCCGGAGGAGGAGGCGGCCAUCGCGCGCCUGGGCGCCCGGGUGGCACGAGCCGGCGGCGGCCCGAGGGCGAGGCCGAGGCGAGGAGGCCGCGGGCACGCGAGGAGAGGCCGACCGGGCCCCCGCCGCCAUGGAGAACGCACACACAAAGACGGUCGAGGAGGUGCUGGGUCACUUCGGCGUCAACGAGAGCACGGGGCUGAGCCUGGAGCAGGUCAAGAAGCUCAAGGAGAGAUGGGGCUCCAACGAGUUACCGGCUGAAGAAGGAAAAACCUUGUUGGAACUUGUGAUUGAGCAGUUUGAAGACCUACUAGUUAGAAUCUUACUGUUGGCAGCAUGUAUAUCUUUUGUUUUGGCUUGGUUUGAAGAAGGUGAAGAAACAAUUACAGCCUUUGUAGAACCCUUUGUAAUUUUACUUAUAUUAGUAGCCAAUGCAAUUGUGGGUGUAUGGCAGGAAAGAAAUGCUGAAAAUGCAAUUGAAGCUCUUAAGGAGUAUGAGCCUGAAAUGGGUAAAGUGUAUCGACAGGACAGAAAAAGUGUACAGCGAAUUAAAGCAAAAGACAUCGUUCCUGGUGAUAUCGUAGAAAUUGCUGUUGGUGACAAAGUUCCAGCUGAUAUUAGACUGACAUCCAUCAAAUCUACAACUCUCCGAGUAGACCAGUCAAUUCUCACAGGUGAAUCUGUCUCUGUCAUCAAGCAUACAGACCCUGUCCCUGACCCACGGGCUGUCAACCAGGACAAGAAGAACAUGCUCUUCUCUGGCACCAACAUUGCUGCUGGAAAAGCCAUGGGCGUGGUGGUUGCAACAGGUGUGAACACUGAAAUUGGCAAGAUCCGAGAUGAGAUGGUAGCAACAGAGCAGGAGAGGACACCCCUUCAACAGAAACUAGAUGAGUUUGGAGAACAACUGUCCAAAGUCAUCUCCCUUAUUUGCAUUGCUGUCUGGAUCAUAAACAUUGGACAUUUCAAUGACCCAGUCCAUGGAGGCUCCUGGAUCAGAGGUGCUAUCUACUACUUCAAGAUCGCAGUGGCUCUGGCUGUUGCAGCCAUUCCCGAAGGUCUGCCAGCUGUCAUCACCACUUGCCUUGCUCUUGGGACACGCAGAAUGGCAAAGAAAAAUGCCAUUGUUCGAAGCCUUCCUUCUGUGGAAACUCUUGGUUGUACUUCUGUUAUCUGCUCAGAUAAGACUGGUACCCUUACAACAAACCAGAUGUCAGUCUGCAGGAUGUUCAUUCUGGACAAAGUUGAAAGUGAUACUUGUUCUCUGAAUGAGUUUACCAUAACUGGAUCGACAUAUGCACCUAGUGGAGACGUGCAUAAAGAUGAUAAACCUGUGAAAUGUCACCAGUAUGACGGUCUCGUAGAGUUAGCAACCAUCUGUGCUCUUUGCAAUGACUCUGCUUUGGAUUACAAUGAGGCAAAGGGUGUGUAUGAAAAAGUUGGAGAAGCUACAGAGACUGCGCUCACAUGUCUGGUAGAGAAGAUGAAUGUAUUCAAUACAGAAUUGAAGGGGCUUUCUAAAAUAGAACGCGCAAAUGCCUGCAAUUCGGUCAUUAAGCAACUGAUGAAAAAAGAAUUUACCCUGGAGUUUUCACGUGAUAGAAAGUCGAUGUCAGUUUAUUGUACACCAAACAAACCCAGCCGAACAUCAAUGAGCAAGAUGUUUGUGAAGGGCGCUCCUGAGGGUGUCCUUGACAGGUGCACCCACAUCCGAGUUGGAAGCACAAAGGUCCCCAUGAGCCCCGGGGUCAAACAAAAGAUCAUGUCUGUCAUCCGGGAGUGGGGCAGUGGCAGUGACACGCUGCGGUGCCUGGCUCUGGCUACUCAUGACAACCCGCUGAAGAGAGAGGAGAUGAACCUGGAGGACUCGGCCAACUUCAUCAAGUAUGAGACCAGUCUGACGUUCGUUGGCUGUGUGGGCAUGCUGGACCCCCCGAGGAUCGAAGUGGCCUCCUCAGUGAAGCUGUGCAGGCAGGCAGGCAUCCGCGUCAUCAUGAUCACAGGAGACAACAAAGGCACCGCAGUGGCCAUCUGUCGCCGCAUCGGCAUCUUUGGGCAGGAUGAGGACGUGACAUUGAAGGCAUUCACAGGCCGGGAGUUUGAUGAGCUUAGCCCCGCAGCACAGAGGGACGCUUGCUUGACUGCCCGCUGCUUUGCCCGUGUGGAACCAUCACACAAGUCCAAGAUCGUUGAGUUUCUACAGUCAUUUGAUGAGAUCACAGCCAUGACUGGGGACGGUGUGAACGAUGCACCUGCAUUGAAGAAAUCUGAGAUCGGCAUUGCCAUGGGCUCCGGAACUGCCGUGGCCAAGACUGCCUCUGAGAUGGUCCUGGCCGAUGACAACUUCUCCACCAUUGUGGCUGCCGUCGAGGAGGGCCGGGCCAUCUACAACAACAUGAAGCAGUUCAUCCGCUACCUCAUCUCCUCCAACGUCGGGGAAGUCGUCUGCAUUUUCCUGACGGCAGCCCUGGGUUUUCCUGAGGCUUUAAUUCCUGUCCAACUGCUCUGGGUUAACCUAGUGACAGACGGCCUACCUGCCACCGCCCUGGGCUUCAACCCUCCAGAUCUGGACAUCAUGAAUAAGCCGCCCCGGAACCCCAAGGAGCCUCUGAUCAGCGGCUGGCUCUUUUUCCGUUACCUGGCAAUUGGAUGUUAUGUUGGCGCCGCUACUGUAGGUGCUGCCGCGUGGUGGUUCAUCGCUGCUGACGGUGGACCAAGAGUCUCCAUCUACCAGCUGAGUCACUUCCUACAGUGUAAAGAGGAUAACCCUGACUUUGAAGGAGUGGAUUGUGCGAUUUUUGAAUCCCCGUACCCUAUGACUAUGGCACUUUCAGUCCUCGUAACCAUAGAGAUGUGCAAUGCCCUCAACAGUUUGUCUGAAAACCAGUCCCUGCUGAGGAUGCCCCCCUGGGAGAACAUCUGGCUCGUGGGUUCCAUCUGCUUGUCCAUGUCCCUCCACUUCCUCAUUCUCUACGUGGAGCCCCUGCCUCUUAUCUUCCAGAUCACACCACUAAACUUGACCCAAUGGCUGAUGGUGCUGAAAAUCUCCCUUCCUGUGAUCCUCUUGGAUGAGACCCUCAAGUUUGUGGCCCGCAACUACCUGGAGCCUGGUAAAGAGUGUGUGCGGCCGGCGCGGCCCUGCUCGCUCUCGGAGUGCACCGACGGCAUCUCGUGGCCCUUUGUGCUGCUCGUGUUGCCCCUGGUGGUGUGGGUGUACAGCACCGACACUAACUUCACCGAUAUGUUCUGGUCUUGACUGACAGCUUGACCUACAGAGGAUGUCUAACUUAAUCAAUUAAUUUUUUUUAUCGUUUAAAGCAACUGUCUAUUUCUGCUGAAUUUUCACAUGAACAUUAUUGGCUGGUGGAGGAGGUUUCAUACUCUAGAUUUUGUUUUGCUUUUUCUGACUCCAGUGGGGCAAGAUUUUCCUUUUUUAUAUACACGUAAUUAAAGUGUCCAUUGACAUGUACAGAGAACUAACACUAUUUUAUGCAAAUAUUUUUUUGUAGAUGAAAAAGCAUGUACAGUGUUCUGUUUAAUACUCAUCCUUGUAUAAAAAAUCGCUGAGCCAGCAGAUAUUGUCAGCAAUUAAUUGGCAGCAGAGUUUUAGGCGAGGAAUCUGGGUUUUUCUGAAACUAAAUAGCAUGUGUUGUCUUUUGCAUGAUCAUUUUGAUUUAAUUUGGUAUCACAGUCUAAUUUUGCUCAUAAGCCAAUUUUUCUGCACUGAGCAGAAUACUGCUACCUCAGUCAGUAUUUUUGGUUUGCCACUUCCUCACCCCCGGCCCCUCCACUCACCUCCACCUCCCCACUCAGCUCAGCUCUUCCUCUAGGGUUUCCAUGGUUUUGUUUACAUCCGUCUUAAUAAGAGGUAUGCCUGUUCUUGCUUGUGCAGAAAACAUUGUUCCCGAUUCAACCUACUGGGUUCAUGUCCCCUCACAAGGUUUUUAGGUUAUUUAUUUAAAUGUCUAAUGUAUUUUAUUGUAACAGACAUUUUUUUUUUUGGCCAACAUUUGCCUAUUUUAGUGGCAUAUCACAAUCUAGUUUAAAAAAAUAAAAACAUUUUAAAUGGACAGAG